UUGCACAGCGGUGUGGGAUGUUUUAGGUCCUUUAGUCCCUGGCGUCUCCUUAGUGGAUUCUGGCCCUCAAGCAGGGCCCAUUGGCGGUGAACUCAAGUCAAGCCCCGCGCCCACCGCUUGAUCUGGUUUCUCAGCGGCAUUUUUCCAAACCUCUUUUUCUCCGCAGAAAUGGGCAAGUUUAUGAAACCCGGGAAGGUGGUCCUGGUGCUAGCUGGACGCUACUCAGGAUGCAAAGUGGUCAUCAUCAAGAACAUUGGUAAUGGCACUUCAGACCGCCCCUACAGCCAUGCCCUGAUGACUGGAAUUGACCACUAUCCACGCAAAGUGACAGCCGCCAUGGGCAAGAAGAAAAUCGCCAAAAGGUCAAAGAUCAAGUCUUUCGUGAAAGUACAUAACUAUAAUCACCUUAUGCCCACAAGGUACUCCGUGGACAUCCCUUUGGACAAAACCAUCGUCAAUAAGGAUGUCUUCAGAGACCCGGCCCUUAAGCGCAAGGCCCACAGAGAGGCCAAGGUCAAGUUUGAGAAGAGAUACAAGACCGGCAAGAACAAGUAG